AAUCAGAUUUAAUGAUGAGGGCAUUUAGCAUAAUUUUAAGACUUAAAUGUGUCAUAAAGUCGUUAUCGCAUUAUAUCACAGGUUGUAAUACAAUUCAUAUAGAUAACAGCUUAAUAAUUUUGAUAUUUCCGCAGGAGUAAGAUGGAUACUGAAAUAUAUAAUUUAGAACAACUUAUUUACAACAGCAGUAAGCACGACAAUGGUGUUUCAGCAACCGUUACAACGAUCACUGGAAUAAACAAAGACAAUUCUUCAGUAACUAGCGCAGGACAUAGCUACAUCAAUGAUUCGUCGUCAGUGAUUACUGAUCGUAACAGUGCUGGAUGGAUCUUCUGCCAAACAGUGACUUUGUUUUUCACUGUUAUCAGUCUCUAUAUAACUUUAGCAAUAACUUGGCAUCGCUAUAAAUCAUGGAAAGAAGUCAGGAUGCUCAACGGUAACGAAUUCGUAUUCUCUACAAAUGUGAAUACUAUUUCGUCUCCGCAUCACAAUAACAACAACAAAAAUACACACCAAAUCGAGAUAAACAAUGAGAAAAGGCGGCAAUAUAUUUUGUCUAUCACAUCUAGCAGGUCGCAACACCGUAGUUCAAAUGUGAUGGUUCAAACUGCAUUAGAACUGUUAACAAUUGCUUCGGCUGUUUUUGUCACACUUCGGUCAGCUUCUGAGCAGCUGAAGAUGUUUCUUUCGGACUCUGAUAAGAACACAUGUAAUAUAAUCGCUGACGUCUAUGUUUUGUUGUACGCGUUUCCAAUAGCUACAAUAUAUUCAUUCCUCUGGCUGAGGCAACGCAUACUGUAUUUUCAAAAGCCACUCAGUGCGUUUAAUUCUAAGAAAGUUCGAAUGGUUAGUGCUGUCAUAUUUGGUGUCAUGUUGAUUGGUGAAAUUGCUACUACGCUGGUUUUUACUCUCACUAUCACAUACAAGCCCGGGGAACUUGGAUGUAGUCUCGAUAAAACGAUUCUUCCCGAUUUUGUCCCAUGGAUGAUGAUCAUAGUCUUUACGGUCAGUUUUCAAAUAGUUCUUCUGGGCUUGUACAUUGGACCACUGAUUUGCAUCAGUAUGAAAAACAACGCAAAAAAUAAGGAGAUUCGAAGGCACGGAAAUAAUAGAAUUGGUGGAACAAUAAAGCGGGUUUGCAUUGCAACAUUUGCUUGUCUUUUAUCGGAUAUGGUUGCGGUAUUAGUUACAUACUCUAUUAAAAUAUCGAUUGUUUCAAACCUCAUUUACGAUUUAAAUUUGAUUGUUAACUUGAUUGGAAUAAUAUGCUCUUUCAAAAAUUGGCGGAAUCGCCUGUUCCCGAUAUUUUGCUUUCGUAAAGCAACCAAGAAUCAAGCGAGUCAGAGGACAAUUCAGUGAGUUUACAGUUCGAUGGAAUGCUUGUGAAAAAAAUCGGUUAUUUGGGAAACGAAAUCGAAAGAAGACGUGAUGCAAAUUUCAUCAAAAUGAAAAUGUAUGUGAAUUCCAAGUGACAGUUUGCUGAGAUGUGGAUGCAGUUAUUGCAUUAAAAUGUGCCUUUGUACUUGAAAACAAACUGAGUACGAUUAUAUGACUAAACUAUUCCAUAAAGAUUAUGUACUUAGUACUUAGCAGUAGUGGGAUUCAGCCGGUUCGCACCGGUUCCAUAGAACCGUCUCACGGAAUUUUAUGAGAUCAGCGAACCGGUUGACAUUACUAAAAAAACAAGACUUUUUGUAACAGAACCGGCUCAAAAAUAUAACAUUUGUGUGAUGAAACCGGUUGACAAAACAUUUGAAUCCCACCACUGGCCACUAGGGUAUUGGUCUCAUUUAUUUCGUUUCAGAAUUGAACGCUGUGAGAGUUCUGCAAAGCCACAUAAUAAACAAAUUUAUAUUUUAUCACGAAAAUCAGCAAUUCUUCUGCUUAUUCUUUUAUUAUUUCAAGUUUUGAUUAUUUUGUCUUUUUUUUUCAUUAGUCAUUUUAUAUAUAUAUAUACGUUUCCUUACGUAAUUUGUCGUUAUUUGGUUACACAAACAAUUUUUCGCUUUUGGAUAAAUUUAUACCUAUGUACGGAAUUUCUCUAAAAAUGUUUCUGAUGUCGGGAAUAGUUAUCUCUUACAACAAUGUCAGUAUUAUACAUUUCAAAUAUUUGUUGUUGUUUUUUCACUAGCAAUAAUAAUGAAAUAUUUUGCAAUGAUUUUGUAACAGUAAAAAUAAAAGUGCAUAUGGCGAUUAGAAUAUAUCUUACAUUAGGCGAAAAGUAAUAAAUUUGAUUUGCACAAUAACGCAUGGUUUUAUGGCGAAUCAGCCGGAGGGUCUUGUUUUGAAAAAUACGUUUUGCAAAGUAUCGAAUUACGAAAAUUAGAAAAGUGUCAUGCAAUGCGGUUACCACAUUAAUGAAAUAAAAACAAGA